AUGUACAUGGUGAUCCAAUAUGACAGCUUCUUAAUCUAUGAAGUUAAUGAUUUUGUGACGGACUGUGAGGAUAGGCAACCUGUUUACUUGUUUUGGACAGGUCUAUUUAAUCCUCAUUUUGGUUGCUGUCCACAUAAACGGUGCCCUAUCAACUACUUUCCCUUCCACAUUCACAGCGGUGUAGCCAAUGUGGUGGCUGCAAAGACCUGCUUUAACAAUACAAUCAUCAUGGGUGGCAUUAAAAAUAAUGCAGGACAAGGGCUGAACAUUGUGUUAGCAAACGGUGCAACCGGCGAGGUUUUAAGAAAUAAGAACUUUAUCCUGGAAUCUAGAGAUCCAGAGGAAUUACUUGUCUAUCUAAAGACACUAAAACGAGGACAUAUAGUGCUUGUGGCCUCACACAUCGACCCUACACAAAAGCUGACCGGUGAGAUUAGAGCUAUAUUCAGUGCACUGGGCAGCACACUGGUCAAAUCCCUGAAGCCCAGGGAUGGCUGGGUAUUCACAGGCGCCUAUGGAAUAAAUGAAGCUAGUCCUUUUGAAAAGGUCAUUCAAAAUGAUGUGAGGAGCAACACGUAUGAAGACUGGCCAGAGAUGGGGGAGAUCAUUGGCUGCUGUCCCAGAAUAUCUGAGACUGAAUAA